AGGAGUCGACUCACGUGACUACCUUGCGUCACUGGUAGAAGGAAAAAGGGGAAAAGGAAAAAAAAAGAAAGAAAGAAAAAGACACAAUCUCCAUCGCACCGCACACUCUGUCCAGCCUCUCAGAGUGUACUGCUGCCUCUCUUUGGUUCACUGUGUUGCCGGUGAUGUCGGAGCAAGCGCCAAAAAGGAAAAAAAAGUGCCACAGCACAAGACAGCAAGAAGCGAAUACUCAAGACAGACACACACGGCCACGCAAAAUCGUACAGACUAUCAUCUUUGGCCAGUUGUAAAUAUCGAUGCUGAGUGAGAAGACCCGUACAUUUUGUUGCCGUCUGCUCUUGUGCGGACGCAUUUGCCAUUUCGAUUUGGUGUAAUGCCCACAAACACACGCGCACACGACUACACAGCAGAGUUUACACACCGCAAUUGAACCCGUCUCGUUCUCUAUUCUUUUCUUUUUUUUUCUUUUUUCUUCUUUCCCUCAAUCUCCCGACCCCCACCCCCAACUCCCCCACUCCCACAAUUCUGCUCCUGCACGAACCCAUCUCGCUUCUCUUCUAUAGUUUAAGAAAGAAGUCUCCAUCCUAUGCGGCACUCAGUCGUUGGCAGAUCCACUGUGCGACAAGGCCUCAUACCAAAGCAACACCCUCUCCCACCGACAUCGCCAUCCCGUUACCGUCCCCGUCCCCGGCUCCCGUCCCGUCAUCGUUUUUAACCCUUUCAACUGGCGUAUUUAUCGUGUCAGAUAAUCAUCAUUCGCCUCGUGAAGUCUAUUGGGCUCUCUUCUCUUCUCUUCUGUGUGUGUGUGUGUGUCUGUGUGUUUGUGUGUGUUGUCUUUUGUUGUUCAAAUUUUGCUGAAUUCUGUUUUUCCCCUGAGCGUAAACGUGGGUGAGUGCGUCGCCCUCAAGUAUAGUUUUUUUUUUUUACUUUUCUUCUUGUUAUCAGUGCGCCGUCAUCGUAAAAAAAAAAAAAAAAAAAAACGACGUGAUUUAUUUUAGUUUAAUUGUUAUCAGUGAUGCUCUUCAUCGUACCUCGCCCGCUGUUGGGCGUUUCUUUCGGCUGAAUGCGUUGCCGUUGCAACGCAUAAUAUACGAGACAAUUAUUAGGGCCACUGCCAGCUAGGCCUUCUUCCUAUAAAGUGGUCAAUCAAAAGUGUUUUUGGUGAUGGCACUCGUCGGCCUUGUGACAUCUUUUCUCGCCAAUCAAGAUUGUCCGAUUGAUCAAACGGAUAGGCACCUUGUCAGGGUUACAUGAAAGUCAAUGAAAUCAUACGCCUUACUGACUGCCUACUUCGCCGACGUUCCAAAACAUAAUCUACAGUGUGUAUUUUUUAUUUUAUUUUUUUUUCAAUUUUUUAAAAACAGUUUUUACACACAUCACGAUCGAUUUUGUCUGCGAAAAUCAGCAUCCGGCUCGCAAACCGGCCUAUUUAGCCGGAAGUGUUUUUUUUUUUUUUCUUUUUUAAAUUUUGAAGAACAAACGACUUCUUUUCGUGUUGAGAUUUAAUUUUGUUGUUGCUUUGAAUUGCGGCCAGAAGACCCGAGACAUUUGACUGUGGAUAUUAAAUGCUUGAUCGGUGUACGGUGACUCAUUUGCCUAUUGCCCACGGCCAAUCCAUUAAAGUGGAGUAGCCGCCGUGUAGGCAGCAAAAAGUAGCAUCACGUGAAAAUUAAAAUUCAAAAGAAAAAAGAAAAAGGAAAAAAAAAAAAGAAAAGAGAGACGAGUCGGCUAAUGGAGCAAGUGACGAACGGGAGCACCGGCUAUGGGGCACAUUUGUCUCCCUCAACUCUUUCCUGGGGCGAAGAUGUGGACGACAUCAGUGGCAGUGGAAUGGGUCCCCUUUUCUGGUUCACGACGGUCAGUAGUGGCGCCAUUGCGGACGACGUGGCUGGAGGUGCGCUGAUGUCGGCAUCCGGUCCCAUCGGUGAUAGCCUGGACGACUCGCAUAGCGGAUCGAGCACGAUGGCAAUGAUCGAGUCGGAUGGGAUCGACCUGUUGUCCAGCAUCGGUCCAUCGCUGGGCGGGAUGGAAGGCGACCUGGCCGGCUCGACGACGACCUACAUCGCCACGGUAACCAUAAUGAGCAUCAUUCUGCUGGUGGGCAUCACGGGCAACGUUCUCGUGCCCAUCGUCAUCGCCCACAGCAAAGAUCUGCGCAAUUCGACCAACAUUUUUCUGGUCAAUCUGGCCCUUGCCGACCUGCUAGUCAUCCUCAUCUGCCUGCCGACCGGUUUCGUCGAACUCCAUUCCACUCCGGGCGUCUGGUACCUGGGCGAAACCAUGUGUUUGGUGGUGACUUUCGUCGAGUUAAUUGCUCCGCACACCUCGGUGCUGACCAUUCUGGCCAUCAGUUUCGAACGCUAUUACGCCAUCUGUCAACCUUUGAGGGCCGGCUACGUUUGCACGAAAAGCCGGGCCAUGGCCAUCUCCCUUUUCACUUGGCUCUGCGCCGGCAUUCUCACCAGUCCAAUCAUCGGCCUGACAAACUAUGGCUUCGUGCUAGACGACCCGGAGCCAUCGUGCGGGCCAUCGGUGGAAGACUAUUGGACCAAGUUCUAUUACAUGGCAUCGUUCAUGCUCUUUUUCCUCAUUCCUUGCAUCAUUCUUCUCGUCCUUUAUGCGCUCAUCGCCCAACAUCUGAUCCGAGAACCGGCGCGGAUCAGCAACCCAUCGUCGGCCGGGGUGUCGUCGGCCGCGUUGGCCGCAACAGCAAUCGUGGCGGGGGAGAAUCACGCACUGGGCGGUGGCAGCGUCAAUCGACAACCGAGGAGAAGGAAUCGAAUCCAGCGCCACCAAAACUCCAAUCGAGCACGCAGGCAAGUGGUGGCGAUGCUGGGCGCUGUGGUGGUCAGCUUUUUUGUUUGCCUGCUGCCCUAUCGGCUGCUGUCGCUGUUCCAGGAAUCCGAAGGCAUAAGUCCCGAAAUCUUCUACAUGCUCGUCAAUUUUUGCCGCGUCAUGGUUUACCUGAAUUCGGCUAUCAACCCGAUCUUGUACAACCUGAUGUCGUCCAAGUUCCGCAACGGCUUCUUGCGACUGUUCGGCUUGAAGGGUUUCGCCCGUCAGGGCACAGUCACCAGUUCGUCCAUGACCAACACGAACACGACCAGCACGACAGCGUCGUCGUCGAACGCAGUUGCGCAAGCCAACGCUUCGCUGGCCCAUCACGGCACGCUGUCACUUCACCGACCUCUUCAUUAUCGUCUGUCCAGUCAACAGCCUACCUGAAGUAUCAAUCCCCCCCAUUUUGUCUGCCGUUGAUAUGCACACAAAUGGGCCCUCACAAACCUAAACAGUAAACACACAAUCUAUUUUUUGUUUCAUGUUUCAUUUUGACAUGAUAUACACACACGUGUUACAUGUAAGGUUGUUGUCAAACAACAUAUUUUUUACCUACAUACUGCCUGGUGGCUAUUUUAUGUCGUCCUCUUUUGCUUGACGAACAAUCAAUUUUUCGGGGUAUAUCGAUUUUUUUUUUUUUUAUUGUAUAUUUCAUACGGUAUAAUAUAUGUAUGUGUGCGUGUAUAUUUGUAAAAUGGCCGCGUGCUGGCGGAUAUAACCGAUACUUUGCUCAUCAUGCUAAUCAUCCGUCUUUUCAUUGAUGGCAAGAGUCUGAACGAAUCUGCUCGCCGGCACUGUUCGAAAAAGGAAAAGAAGGAUACGUUUUUUGUUUUGUCAUUUUUUAUACCUCUAAAAUCAUGGUGUUGUAUACGUUUGUGUCGUCAUAUUCGAUAAUACUUAAAAAGAUUUCGUCAUUUUUUUUUAUGGCGUUCAAAGAUGGGAAACCUAUUCCCUUUCAAUUGCUCGUAUUUCUUUCAAUCUUUUUCCAUGUGGCGACGUGUCGAUGCUUCCGAGCCCAUAUAGCGUCCAUUCUAGUGACGCUUUGCUCCAUUUACAUCUUUCAUAUAGGCAUGAUAUGAAAGAACACCUCAACAUACAUAAUAAUAUAUCGAUAUAUGUUUCGGAUUUGCAUAGACAGCGAGACGUGGUCCGCGUGUACAUCAAUUAUCCUCAUGAUAAACGUUCCUUCUGGGGCUCUCAGAAGAGUCAGCUCACCAGCCAUCAAUGUAUAAAGAAAAGAAAGAAAAGAAAAAAACAAUUUAAUAAAAAAAAAAUUAAUCAUUUGUCUAAUAACAUCUUCCUCCAUGAAGACCAAAAGUCCCCUUUAUCAUAUAUAUAUAUAUAUAUUCUAUAUAUAUAUUCUUUAUGUACAGUAAAUGUCAAUAAACUAAGGCAAUCCGCCAUGGGCUGCUAUCUCUUAAUGA